ACCCUCUCCCCCUCCCCCCAGGACCCUAGCUUCCGGCCGCGGCGGCCUUAGCGCCGCGCGACUGGACCGACAGUCCGCUGUUUGCGGUAUGCGGUGCUGAGGACCGAAGGAGAGCCAUGAACCUGCUGCCGUGUAACCCCCACGGCAAUGGGCUGCUCUACGCCGGCUUCAACCAGGACCACGGAUGCUUCGCGUGUGGGAUGGAAAAUGGAUUCCGAGUCUAUAACACCGAUCCACUCAAAGAAAAAGAGAAACAAGAGUUUUUAGAAGGAGGAGUUGGCCAUGUGGAAAUGUUAUUUCGCUGCAACUAUUUAGCUCUGGUUGGUGGUGGAAAGAAGCCGAAAUACCCUCCCAACAAAGUGAUGAUCUGGGAUGACCUGAAGAAGAAGACUGUUAUCGAGAUAGAGUUCUCCACAGAGGUCAAGGCUGUCAAGUUGCGGCGAGAUAGAAUUGUGGUGGCUUUGGACUCCAUGAUCAAGGUGUUCACGUUCACACACAACCCCCAUCAGCUGCACGUCUUUGAAACCUGCUGUAACCCUAAAGGUCUCUGCGUCCUGUGUCCCAACAGUAAUAAUUCUCUUCUCGCCUUCCCUGGCACCCACACGGGCCACGUGCAGCUCGUGGACCUGGCCAGCACUGAGAAGCCACCAGUAGACAUUCCCGCUCACGAGGGCGUCCUGAGCUGCAUUGCUCUCAACCUGCAGGGAACAAGAAUUGCAACUGCAUCUGAAAAAGGGACCCUUAUAAGAAUAUUUGAUACUUCAUCAGGGCAUUUAAUCCAGGAGCUACGAAGAGGAUCUCAAGCAGCUAAUAUCUAUUGCAUCAACUUCAAUCAGGACGCUUCCCUCAUCUGUGUGUCCAGUGACCACGGCACUGUGCACAUUUUUGCAGCUGAAGAUCCAAAAAGGAAUAAACAGUCUAGCUUGGCAUCCGCUAGCUUCCUUCCAAAGUACUUCAGCUCCAAGUGGAGUUUCUCCAAGUUUCAGGUCCCCUCAGGCUCUCCAUGCAUCUGUGCCUUUGGAACAGAGCCCAACGCAGUCAUUGCCAUCUGUGCCGACGGCAGCUACUACAAGUUCCUGUUCAGCCCCAAGGGGGAGUGUGUCCGGGACGUGUGUGCACAAUUCCUGGAGAUGACUGAUGACAAGCUGUGACUCUGCCCUUGAGUGCAGCUGAUGCCACCACCCAGUGCCCUGUGGACUCCUGGGGCUGGUGCCAGUGCCCCAGGCCUGUGGGUGAGGGGCUCAAGGACUCCCGGGACCUUGGUCUUGAAGCCAUACGUGGUUGUCUGCCUUCCUGAGCAAGGCUUCCCGUUGCCACAUUAAAGAGAAUCAUCAUCACAGUUCCACAGAUGCUCUGUGGCUCUGGGCAUCUUGUGCCCCCCACUGGCCUCUUUUCCUUUAGUUCAACUUUGAUGUUAGCAUUAGUGGCCGCACUGUAUCUUCAUGCUGAGAGGCUCCCUGCCGACCUGUGGACCAUCCAAGAGCAGCACACGUGUGGGAGCUUGUUUUGCAGUAGAGGCCGUCAGUUUUCCCUUCUUCAGUGGGAGGGAUGAGCGUGCAGGACUCAGAUCCUAGACUGGUUCCAGUAGAGUAAGAGCAGCUUGUCCAGAACAGGGACGGAGCUCCCUCUGCUGCACACGAGGAGCCCUGUUCAGAUGCACUGUGGUGUGGUCUCUAGGUGUCCUGACCUUGUUAGGACCACACCCCAGACCCACCAGCAAGUAGAAUGCGUGUGGCACCCUCCUGAGGCCCAGUGCUCAGGCUGCAAAGAGCGGGGUCUCCUGGUUUAGUUUGGGUUAAAACAGUUUUCCAUUACUGUAGGAAACGAAGUAAUACAGACUUUAAAGAUGAGUCACAGAAGAAAGUCACUUAGGGGCCUUCUCAGGGCCAUGCCCAUGUGUCCCCUUGUGACCUGUUGGUGUGGAGGGAACUGCCUUGACCUGAGGCAUCCACCCUCUCAUUGCCCCAUGUCCGGAAGUGCAUCCUGACACUGGGGGUGGCAGCACGUCCAGUACUGACAAGGCUUUGGUGCCGGCACUUGAGGUGUGUGCUUAGUUUUCUUACAUCCCUUCUAAGAAGCUCAGUUUUGCGUCUUUGAUUUCAGGUUGCAGCAUUUAAAUUCUGCACAGCAGCAGGUCUCAGUUCUGCCAGUGCCCUUACUCCUGUAAUCGACUAAUUUGUAUGUGGAUUUGAUGUCAAGUAUGCAUGUUGCCUUUAUGUGUAUUUAAUCAUGAAACUUAAUUUUGCACACUUAUUUGUACUGUUUCUUUUAAAUAAAAGUGACUAAUUUUGUUGUACUCUG